AUGAGUUUGGACAAUCUCCCAGAUGGUCUAUUGUUAAAAAUUCUGCUUCACCUGCCUUUACAGUCUGUAUUUCAAUGCAAAUGUGUAUCAAAUCGCUGGUGCUCUUUAAUCUCUACUCCUUAUUUCACACACCGCUAUGUUAGCCACCUUCACACAAACCUUCAGCCCUUUACAUUGCUGUUCGAGUGCAAAGAUGAUCAGUCAAUAACUCGUGUCCUCGCAACCAAUUCAGAUGAACCCGAAUUGAAAUCACUUGCUGCCUAUGUACACAGACAGAGUGAGCAUCUUUGGCUUGAAGCUUCUAGCAACGACUUGCUCUUAUGGCGCGCAAAAGAUGAUGAGGAGCCUAUUCCGAUGAGCGUUUACUAUGUGAUAAAUCCAAUCACUAGGCAAUGUGUCGAGCUCCCUCCCAUCCCUCUACCUUAUCAUCGUUCAUGGAUUCAGGCUGGGUUAAUUUGCAGCUAUGACUACAACAAGAAGCAACUCAGUUACAGCGUGGUGCUCAUUCCUUAUUUUCAUGACAAGUUAAGGGAAUUCAAGGUAUACAUAUUCUCAUCCAACACUCGGGAAUGGAGCGAGUCGAUGGUGUUGUGUCUAGAUCCAGAGGGAUUUGAAUUGACUCACUUCGCACUUUGUGCUGUUCCUUAUAAAAGCUUGCUUUUUUGGUGCAGUAACAGUGGCCGUCUUCUCGGGAUUGAUCCUAGCAUUUUACGUAUUUGGGAGCUCAAGGACUAUGAUAAUGAAGGCGGGGGCAAAUGGUACUUGGAACACGAAGUUUCUGUCAACCAAUUGGUCUCAAAAAAAUCUCCAUGGCUCACUGAAGAUGUACAACAGAAAUAUCCUCUUUUCUUAGUGCUAGCUUUUCAUCCCAAUGAUGGAGAUAUCUUGUACUUGGCGAUUGAAUUGAAGGUUUUAUUAUGCAACUUGCGGAGCAAAACGGUAGAAGUCUUUUGUGAUGUUCCUCACGACCCUGACACUCGGAAUGGUAAGUGCAAUAUCAUCAACUUUGUGCUCCCAAGUUGGCCAACUCCCAUUCCUUUUGCUCCCUCACAGAAUGGCGCCUGA